AUGUACGACACGAUAACUGACCCCGACGAAGAUCCGAGCUUUUAUUACAACCACUCGUGCGACCCCAACACGUGGUACGCUACCGCCACUUGCAUGGUCGCUCUGCGCGACAUUCGCCCGGGUGAGCACGUCACGUACGACUACGCCUGCACGGAGACGGAGGGUAGCAUGCAUGCCGGCCUGCACUGCCGCUGCGGCGCCGCGUGCUGCCGUGGCACGCUCACAUUCACCGAGUGGCGCUCGCACGACUGGCAGCGGCGGUUCGCCGGCCACUGCUCGGCUUAUAUCGAGCGGAAGAUGGCCGAGUCGGGGUGGUACGACCCGCGCGUGGUUCCUCGCUACAAAGGCGGCGCGGACGGCUUCAAGGGGAUGUUCGCAUUGGCGAGCGUCCGACGUGGCGAACCGCUUCUCGUCUUCGCCGGCAAGCUUGUCGGUCUCGACUACCUGCUGGGAAGCGACGAGCGCACGCGAGAGCUCUCGCUGCGAGUCAACGAUCACCUCUGGCAGGUGCCGCAUCCGACGCGUGGGCCCGAGACGCCCGACUUUAUCAACCACUCAUGCGACCCAAACUGCGGAUUGGAAGACUCGGUGACGGUGGUGGCCUUGCGGGACAUCGUGCAAGGCGAAGAGUUGAGCAUCGACUACGGGAGCACCAACGCAGGCGUCGUCCGCACCAGCAGUGACAACUUCAGUUGCCACUGCGGCGCGUCGAUCUGCCGUGGGGUGGUCACAUGUGACGACUGGCAGCUGCUUGAGCUGCAGCAGCGACUGUGGCCGUUCUUCCCGCCGUUCAUCAAGCGACUGAUCGUGACCCCCACAAUGCGCCUGGGCGCGCGCACAAUGCUGCAGCUGGCGGACCUCCCCCCGCCCCCGCGCACCUGGCGCGCGGAUUGGCUGGACGCGCAAACGGCGCGCAUCAUGGAAGGGGAUCAGGGGGAGAGGGGGCAGAAGGGGGAGGAGCAUGGGGAAAGGGGGCGGAAGGAGGAGGAGCAGUGUGAAGGGGAGCAGGGGGAAAGGCGGAUGGGAAGCGGUCAGUUGGUGUUGUGGGACGGAUGGAAAGCAGGGGGCAGAGGGAAGUGGCCGUUUUGGGCGGCUCUGUAUUGGCCGCACCGGUGGGCGCUGCUGCUGCUCGCAGUGAUGUUUCUCGGGGAGUCGAUGCUGCAUGUGGUCAAAGCCGUGCUGCUCUAUCGCAUUGUGAGUGCUGCUAUUGCAUGGGGGGAUGAGCGCACUGGUGGUGUGGCGCUGGCCGUGGUGACCCAGCAGUUUUGCUACCGUGCAUACGUCUCCCCUCCCCCCUCCUUCCCCGCACCAGUGGCAGUGGCUCUGGCCAUGGUGACCCAGCAGUUGUGCUACCGCGCAUAUGUUGUCUCCACCAACACUCGCACCGCCGCCAUCAGCGCAGGUGAGGUUGCCAUCCACAUUGGUCAGAGUCUCUCUGGUGCUUUUCGCCCAUCCCCUCACCUCCUUCCCCCAACUGUCCUCCCUUGCCCCCAUCCGCUUCCUCCUCUCCCACUCCCCGUGUUGUUGUCUCUACUCCUAUACCUUUCCGCUCGCAGCCCAAGCUCCAAGCCUCUGCCACCCAAAAUCCGCCAAACUGCUUCUGCUUCUUUUCGCCCAUCCCCCCGCCCUUCCCCCAACUGUCCUCCCCACACCGGUCUUCCUCCCCUUCCCUCCCACACGCUCCAUCUCCUGCAUCGUCACCUCCUCACACUCACCGCCAGCGCGCUGAGUCACGUCAGCAGCGGGCACUGCAUCAACCUGCUGUCCAAUGACGUGCGCCGAUUGGACGACCUUGUGUUCUGCAGCCAGGCGCUCUGGGUGUGGAGGGUGCGGCUGGAAGACUCACCCUCUCUCCCCCGUCUGCCUUCCAUGCGCCGCUCCCUCCAUUCCCCUCCCCUUAUGCGCUUUACUCUCGCCCCACCCUCCUCCCACCCACAAACAACCAAACCACACCAGCUGGCUUGUGGGAAGUGGAGGGUGCGGCUGCGGGCGAAAACGGCGGAGGCCACAGAUGCACGCGUCAAGCACACAGAGGAGGUAGGCAGUUGGGGAGAGAGGUGGGCGGUUCGGGAGGGAGAGGUGGGCGGUUGGGGAGAGAUAGGUGGGCGGUUGGGGAGAGAUAGGUGGGCGGUUGGGGUGGGGGAGGCUCUGGGCGGCAUCCUGACAGUGAAGACACUGGCUCUGGAGGGGCGGCUCACAGCAUUCAUCCAACGAAUCAGACGCACAGAAGUGUCCUUCCUGCAGUGGACAGCUGCCAUCAACGCCGUGACUGCUGCGCUCUACUUCUCCUUCGCCUCCGUGGUCGCCCUCGACACCUUCGCCACCUUCACGUGCCUCGGAGGGCAACUCACUGCCGCCUCUGUAUUCUACGUGCUUACUCUCCUCGAGAUCCCGCACUACACCAUGGGGUGGAAGGUGGCCCAUGGCAUACAGCAAAUAGCAGAGGCGUUUGUCAGCUUCAAGCGACUCUCACACUUCCUGCAGACCACUCCCCACGGAGCCAGGCCGCAAGAAGCGCCAUCUCAGAAUGGCUCUGCUCUGCUCCCAAAAGCGCGCUGCUAUGCCCUUGACACCCCAACCACCACCAAGCCACCUGAAUCAACAACUGCUGCUCUCACAGCACCGACUUUCCGCGCGCGUUCCCUGCAGCGAUUCAUGAGCUUUCAUGCUGCUGCUGGCCCUUCCCCCGCUGUUGGCCCUUCUGCUGCGGCUGCUUCUGCUGAUGCUGCUGGUGCUGCUGCCUUGGAGGGCACGUGUGUGACUGCACAGGAGGAGCAAGAGGGGCAUGUUGAGAUAGACGGUGCACGCGCACCGAGCGGUCGGGUGGAGGGAGUGAGCGUGAGGGUGGGAGAGGCAGAGCUGCUGGGAGUCACUGGCAAGACGGGCAGUGGCAAGUCACUGCUGCUGCUGGGUAUCCUCGGGGAAGUGCCUCUCUCAUCCGGCGCCAUGCACCGCUCCGUGCCCUCCCUCGCCUACGCAUCGCAGCAGGUCCGCCUCCCAUUUGCCGCUCAACCUUUGCUACUCGUCUCUCUCUCACCCCUUCCCUACCCACUCGUCUCUCAUCCUUUGGCACCCUUUGCCAGUGACCUGAUGUGUAUCAGCCUUUCCCUUCCGCGCACAAGGCACAUCCCUGUGUUGUGUCCUCCCGUACCUCUUCGACUCACUUGUGCAUAUUACAACCUACCACCAACCACCUUCCUCUCUCUCACAGCCCCUCCUCUCCCCUUUCCCCCGUGUGCGUCUCGUCUAUGCCACCAGCCGCUCCUCAUUGAGGGGACGCCGUUCCUCAUUGAAGGGACGGUGCGAGACAACAUCCUAUUCGGCACACCGCUAGACGGGGCUCUCUAUGCCAAGGUACACUUCAUGCCAAGGCUCCCCUCUGCCGUCCUAUUUCCCCGUCGCCCACUCCUCCCCUUUGCCCUCUCCUCCCCUUUGCCCUCUCCCCCCCCCUUUGCCCUCUCCUCCCCUUUGCCCUCUCCUCCCCUUUGCCCUCUCCUCCCUUUGCCCUCUCCUCCCCGCCUCCAUCUCCUCGCCACUCUCUCUCAUUCUGCUAGUUAUCGUGUUGGACACCUGUGCCCUCCGCACGGACUUGGCCCUAUUGCCACGUGGCGACGAAUCAUUGGUGGAGGAGGGCGGCGGCAACCUCAGUGCUGCCACAGAGUGUUGGUGCUGGACGGCGGCAGAGCAGCGGCGUGUGGCGCCUGGAGUGACCUCUGCGCCCUGCCCUCUGCUCAACAAAACUGCGACAACCCCCCUCUGCCCUUUGCGCAACUUCUGAAGCCCCUCAAAGCUUUUGAGGCACCUCAAAGCACAUGGAGUGACAUCUGCACCUUGCCCUCUGCGCAACAACACUGUGACCAUCCCCCUCCGGCACUGGGGCAACCUCUCUCUGGCGGGAAGGGUGUUUCAGACACUGGCUCUGACAGUGCCAUGUGUGCCACAGUCACUGUUUCUGGUAGGGUCGUUGGUGCCCCUGUCACCACUGACACGGGUGUGGACGGCACCUUUGCUGAUUCACACGUUUGCCAAAGAGGCACCAAACCGGCCCGCAGCAGUAGCAGCUGCAGUGCUAUCUGUGCCCCUCUCACCACUGUCACAGGUGUGGAUGGCACCUUUGCUGAUUUACAGAGCUGCAAAAGCGGCGCCACGGUGGUCUGCAGCAGCAAAAGUGACACUGGCUCUGACAGUGCCAUGUGUGCCACUGUCACUGGCGGUGACUGUGCUGCCGGCAAUGCAACUGUCACCACUAACACGGGUGUGGACGGCACCGUUGUUCAUUCACAGAGGUGCAAAACUGGCGACACAGCGGGCAGCAGCAGUGGCAGCUGUGUAGAUCGUGGCACAGGCAGUGAGAGAGACACAGAUGCGCCAACAGUUGGCACGAGGGGCUGCAGGGUGGGCAUUCAUGGGGACUCGUUGGUGAGAGGAAGCGAGGAUGAUGCAGAGGUGGAGCAGGCAGAGGUGGAGCAGGCAGAGGUGGAGCAGGCAGAGGUGGAGCAGGCAGUGGUGGAGCAGGCAGUGGUGGAGCAGGCAGAGGUGGAGCAGGCAGUGGUGGAGCAGGCAGAGGUGGAGCAGGCAGUGGUGGAGCAGGCAGAGGUGGAGCAGGCAGUGGUGGAGCAGGCAGUGGUGGAGCAGGCAGAGGUGGAGCAGGCAGUGGUGGAGCAGGCAGUGGUGGAGCAGGCAGAGGUGGAGCAGGCAGUGGUGGAGCAGGCAGUGGUGGAGCAGGCAGUGGUGGAGCAGGCAGUGGUGGAGCAGGCAGAGGUGGAGCAGGCAGAGGUGGAGCAGGCAGUGGUGGAGCAGGCAGAGGUGGAGCAGGCAGUGGUGGAGCAGGCAGUGGUGGAGCAGGCAGAGGUGGAGCAGGCAGUGGUGGAGCAGGCAGUGGUGGAGCAGGCAGUGGUGGAGCAGGCAGUGGUGGAGCAGGCAGAGGUGGAGCAGGCAGUGGUGGAGCAGGCAGUGGUGGAGCAGGCAGAGGUGGAGCAGGCAGAGGCUGCGGCCCUCAUUGGGACAGGGGCUGAGGUGGAGAAGAUCCAGUUGACUAAGGACGGCAUUCAUAGAAACACGUCGUUGAGAGGAAGCGAGAAUGAGGUGCUCUUAGGGACAGAGGCUGAGGUGGAGACAGCGGAGGUGGGGAAGGGAGUGGUAGACGCAUGCAGGGAGGGGGAGCGUGCCUCACUUGAGGACCAGGCUGCUGAGGGCUCGUUGUGCAAGUCAAGAGAAGGACCAUUAGCAGCAAAGAGUUACUCCCUCUUCCGGAGGGGGGACGGAGAGCAGGAGGAGAGUGGGUCCACAGAAGGUGAUGAGCAAGGCCUGCUGGACGUGGAAGGGUGGCAGCGCGGUGCCAUCCCCCUGUCGGUGUUUUGGGGCUACGCCAGAAAGAUCCGCGUGCUACCUCUGCUGCUCUUUGCCGCCCUCUUCCUCGCCGCACACGUCUCCAACGCCCUCGUCAGCUGGUUCCUGGGCCUGUGGACAGAGGCGCCGGAAACCACACCGCACCCACUGGUCACGCUGGCAGCCAUCGCCCUCUCCUGUGUGGCCCUCUCCCUCCUCUCCUCGCUGCUCAUCCACUUCGCCGCGCUGCGCGCCUCCUCCCGCAUGCACUCACUCAUGCUUUCGUCCGUGCUCGCCUCGCCGCUCGCCUUCUUCCACCGCAACCCCAUGGGCCGCGUGCUAAACCGGUUCAGUGAGGACCUCGGGGUUACCGAUGAUGUGCUGCCCCAGCUGCUUCUGGACUUCCUCAAUCCCUUCGGCCUGUGCGUUGCUGCGGUGGUAUCGGCGUGCAUAGCUGUGCCGUGGACACUCAUCCCCAUGCUGCCGCUGCUGCUGCUGCUGCUGCACCUGCGGCAUCUGUACGUGUGCACGGCAAUGGAGGUCCGACGUAUGGAGUGCACCACUCGCUCCGUGCUGCUCGCUCGCUUCCUCGCAACCAUGGAGGGCCUCCCAACCAUCCGGGCCUUCUCCCAGCAGCGCCGCUUCCACCGCCUCUUCCUGCGCCACGUCACCGCCAACGCCAGCCCGCACCUAUUCUGGAUUGCCACGUGGGAGUGGCUGGGCUUCCGAUUGGACCUCCUCGUUGCCGCCGCCCUGCUCUCCGCCGCCCUCGCCGCCGUGGCCCUGCGCCACUCGCUGCCGCCCGCCAUGGCCGCGCUGGCUUUGUCUUAUCUGCUGCAGCUGCCGGACUCCCUGCGGUGGGCGCUGCAAUACGGCGUGGAGCUCGAGAACACGGUGAGAGGGGGGGGGAAGGGUGGGGAUUGGGGGACAGCCAGGGCUGGAGAGCACGGUGAGGGGGGAGGAGAGGGUGAGGGGGGGGAGGGAUGUUUGGGGGGGGGCGGGGGGGGGGAAGAGGGGAGGAGGGAGGGCGGCAGGGGUGCAAUGGUUGUGAUGUUUAUGGGUGUGAAGGAAGUGAGGCAAGGGAAGGGUGCUGGAUUCCCUGCGGUGGGCGCUGCAGUACGGCGUUGA